AUCCAAUUCGAACUCCACUACAACAUACACACUCACACGCAGUAUAUUCUACUUGUCAAUUCGAUCGCUAAAAAAUAUCAAUAAUGGGCACCGUCGGUGAAUCGGAAAAGUAUUUACUGAAUCGGCACAAGGAGCACCACUUCACCGCCGGUGAAGUUGUCCGUGAUAUCAUCAUCGGCGUUUCCGAUGGCCUUACCGUCCCCUUCGCUCUUGCGGCGGGGCUUUCCGGUGCCAAUGCUUCGUCUUCCAUCAUCCUCACCGCCGGAAUAGCGGAGGUUGCUGCUGGUGCUAUCUCCAUGGGACUCGGCGGGUAUUUGGCUGCGAAAAGCGAGGCUGAUCAUUACGCUAGAGAGCUACAGAGGGAACAAGAAGAAAUUGAUACCAUACCUGAUACAGAGGCGGCUGAAGUUGCAGAGAUACUAGCAGAAUAUGGCGUGGAGCCACAUGAAUAUCAACCCGUGGUGAAUGCUCUGAGAAAGAACCCAAAAGCAUGGCUUGAUUUCAUGAUGAAAUUUGAACUUGGACUUGAGAAGCCCGAUCCAAAAAGAGCACUUCAAAGCGCACUAACAAUAGCAAUAGCUUAUGUCUUGGGUGGAGCGGUCCCCCUCUCACCUUACAUGUUCAUCCCAAUCGCUGAAAAAGCGUUGGUUGCAUCCGUCAUUGUGACCAUAUUCGCGUUGUUGGUCUUUGGGUUUGCCAAAGGUUACUUCACUGGCGACAGACCAGUGUGGAGCGCGCUGCAGACUGCCCUGAUUGGGGUCAUAGCAUCUGCAGCUGCUUUUGGCCUUGCCAAGGCCGUGCAAGGAUAGUAGUAAAGUGUUAGUAGAGGUGUAUACAAACCGGGUCUAAAAAGAAGAAAGUCAGUCAGUCAGACCCGGUUUGUCAUGUGUUUUUUUUUAAGUACAUGUUAUUUUUGGACUUUGUAUUAAAUGGGACUCGAAAAGGUACCUUGGAGCAUGUUGAUUCUUGUGGGCCUUAGAUUGGAAAUGGAACUUUGCUUUUUUAUCUUGUUGUUUUGGAUUAUUUGUGAAACGCAUGCGCAAUAUAAAAAGGGG